UGUCCCACCCACAGCUGUGUCCAAGCAGCUACAGUCAUGGAUAGGUUCCGGAUGUUCUUCCAGCACUUCCAGUCCAGCUCAGAGUCGGUGAUGAACGGCAUUUGCCUCCUGCUGGCUGCUGUCACCGUCAAGAUGUAUUCCUCCCUCGACUUCAACUGUCCCUGCCUCCAGCGCUACAAUGCCCUCUAUGGCCUGGGCCUGCUGCUUACACCCCCUCUGGCCCUCUUCCUCUGUGGUCUCUUGGUCAAUAGACAGUCUGUGUUGAUGGUGGAGGAGUGGCGCCGGCCAGCAGGGCACCGGAGGAAGGACCUGGGCAUCAUCAGGUACAUGUGUUCCUCUGUGCUGCAGCGAGCUCUAGCAGCACCCCUGGUCUGGAUCUUAUUGGCCCUCCUUGAUGGGAAGUGUUUUGUAUGUGCCUUCAGCAACUCUGUUGACCCUGAGAAGUUUCUGGAUUUUGCUAAUAUGACCCCUAGCCAGGUGCAGCUCUUCCUAGCCAAGGUGCCCUGCAAGGAGGAUGAACUGGUUAAAAAUAGCCCUGCUCGCAAGGCUGUGUCUCGGUACCUCCGGUGCCUGUCACAGGCCAUCGGCUGGAGUAUAACCUUGCUGGUGAUAGUGGUGGCCUUCCUAGCCCGCUGUCUGAGGCCAUGCUUCGACCAGACCGUCUUCCUACAGCGCAGAUACUGGAGCAACUAUAUGGACCUGGAACAGAAGCUCUUUGAUGAGACGUGCUGUGAGCAUGCGCGGGACUUCGCACAUCGCUGUGUGCUGCACUUCUUCGCAAGCAUGCAGAGCGAGCUGCGCGCUCUGGGGUUACGUCGGGACCCAGCCGGUGCAAUCCCAGAGUCACAGGAGCCCCCGGAGUCCCAAGAGGACCCGGAUAGUGGAAGCGGGAAGGCCCACCUGCGUGCGAUCUCCAGCCGGGAGCAGGUGGACCACCUCCUCAGUACCUGGUACUCCAGCAAGCCACCGCUUGACCUCGCAGCAUCCUCCAGGCUCUGGGGACCUGGCCUCAACCACCGCGCCCCUAUAGCUGCUCCAGGCACCAAGCUGUGCCACCAGCUCGAUGUAUAGGAAUCUUACGAGGCUUCAACAGCAUCAGUUUUCCCGUGUCAAAUUCCCAUGUUGGCACGGGUCUGGAAGCCAGCCUCCCUUGUUGGCCUCGUUCCCAGAUAGCCUGGUAUCUACCUAGUUUCCUCCUGUGGACACAGUUCCCUCCGGACCCUGGUCAAGUUCAGAUUCUUAUUUAGGGUAUUCAGACCGAGUCCCUGAAUCUAUCUUUUCCUUCCCCUCUCUUCCUUCUUCCUCCCUUCCUCCCUUCUCCUUUCCUUUCUUCUUCUCUCCUUCCUUCCUCCCUCCCUUCCUCCUUUCCUCCCCUUCUCCCUUAUUCUUUCCUUCUCUCCUCACUCCCCUCAUCUCUUUUGAGGAAGAGACACACUUCAUCUGUUUAGCUGAAGAUGAUCUGGAACUCCAGAUCUGGGAUACAUGGCUAGCCUCCUGCCUCAGGCUCCCUUAGUCCCUUAUAGGUAUGAGCUGCCACUCCCCAAUCUCCAGAAUUUCAUCUCUAACAAGCCCUUCACACAACACUGGUUCUUCUAGUCAUUGGACCAAGCUUUGAGUAGCCACAGUCUGAAUAAAUCUGAUGUGGAUCUGCGUCAUAGACAUCGACUCCAGAUUUCAAAAUAAAAAUAAAAAAUUACCAUGAU